AUGGUUGAAGCCACAGGAUUGUCUCACUUGACGGGGUGCAUGAUGCAGCAUUUAGACAUGGCUCUACUGUCGGCAUUUGUGGAGAGGUGGCAGCCGGACACAAACACCUUCCACAUGCCGUUUGGAGAGAUUUCGAUCCUUCUACACGAUGUGCAUCACAUUCUUCGGAUACCGGUUGACGGAGAGCUGAUGGGAGAUGAGGCGUCGCAGGAUACUCUUAAGUCAGACAUGGGUGGUCUAGUUCGACUUUCGGUGGAUGCUCAGGUUGGUGGUAAGUGGAAGUCGAAGUGGUACGAUAAUGGUGCUAUGCAUGCAGAGGGAUUGUUGGUGCGUGGGGGAGAGCUGAAGAUUAAGGAGAUGGAGUCAAAACAUUCCUUCCCUUUGAUCCCUCCGGAAAUAGCUCCAACUGAUGAUUGUGGAAACCCAAAUUAG